AUAAGUGGCAACAUUAACACUUUUUAACAUGGCCGCAUGUUGAACGAAACGAUUUUCUUUACUGUUUGCCAAAUAAACAUAAAAUCGGUGUUAUUUGAGGCGGAUAUAUGUUGAUCGGCGUGCUGAAGUUUAAAACAAACAGUUAAACAUAUAGUCGGCAGCGAUCGUUAAGAUGAUGCAUCACCCGAACAUGCAUCAUCAGCCAAUGUCUGGGCAUCCGCCCCAACACCUCCCGGGUCACCAGGGCAUGCCUGCACAUCAUCAAAUGCCGCCGCAUCAAAUGCACAGAGAGAACAGGCACGUAACGUUGACUAGAGUACCACUGGGUCCGUCAGCGGGCGGCAACAUGGGCGCGCACGGGCAGAUGAGCGGCAUGGGCACGAUGCCGGUGCACCACCCGCCGGCGCAGCGCCCGCCGCACCCCAUACGCGCCAUGCACCACCCGCCGGCGCAACACCACAACGUGCCACCGCAAACGCGUCCACUCCGGCGGCCGUACGCGAUGAACAGCGGCUACGGGCCUGCGGGCGCGCCCGUGCCGCCGUUCGCGCACGCGCCGCCCGCGCACGCGCACGCCGACGCCGCGCACACACCGCACACAACGCAUCAGACCACAGGUCUGUGCCGACCGCCGUCGCCAAUAAGACCUCUGCAGACAAAGCUGACCUCGGACUUUGCAGUGACCCCAGUAGCACAAAGCGCGUUACCAAGCACGGAGCCCGCACAAGCUGAAGAGAAGCCGGUCACAGCAGGUGCGGAGGACGGUGACAAGGACGUGCAGGCGCAGGCGGCCGCGGGCGAGGGCGAGGCGGCCCGCCCGCAGGCCGCGGCCAACAGUAAAGAGAAGACUCCCAUGUGCCUGGUCAACGAGCUGGCCAGGUACAAUAAGAUUAAGCAUCAAUAUCGCCUCACAUCAGAGACAGGACCCGCUCACAAGAAAGUAUUCACAGUAACACUCCGUUUGGGUGAUACUGAGGAAUAUACAGCUGAGGGGUCGUCAAUAAAGCGAGCGCAGCACGCGGCCGCGAGCGCGGCGCUGAGCGGCACGCGCUACCCGCCGCCGCCGCCGCGCGCGCAGCCCUCGCACGCCGCGCACGCGCACCACCACCGACAUGCUGGCGCGGUGAUGCCGACGGUGGAGCUGAACGCGCUGGCGAUGAAGCUGUGCCAGCCGGCCGUGUACUCGUCGGUGCCGCCGGUGCCGGCCCGCGCGCGCGCCCGCCUGCCGCCGUACCGCCUGCCGUUCCUGCCGCCCUACGCGCCGCACGCGCCGCACCCGCCGCACCCGCCGCACCCGCCGCAUCCGCCGCGCCUCAUGGAGCCCGGCCCGCCGCUGCUCUAUAGGUACCGUGUGUGCGUGGGCGGGCGCGCGUGGCUCGGCGAGGGCAGCACGCCGCAGGCGGCGCGGCACGACGCGGCGGCGCGCGCGCUGCUCGACCUGCGCCCGCACCACGACCAGCCCGCGCACGCGCACACUGACAGCGCCGGGGAAACGGAUGCAGACUUAUUGAACUCGGAGGUGAAAUCUCCCGUGUCGCUGGUACACGAGUUGGCUCUCAAACGGAAUCUCAACGUCACAUUCUCUGUCAAAUCUGAAAGAGGCCCGCCACAUAUGCGGGUGUUCAUAACGGUGUGCAAAGUGGGCGAGAUGGAGACGGAGGGCGAGGGCAACGGCAAGAAGGUGUCGAAGCGGCGCGCGGCGGAGCGCAUGCUGGACGAGAUGCGGCGCCGCUGGCCCGCCGCCGCGCUGCGCCCGCGCGCGCCCGCCCCCGCCGACAGGCGCAAGCACCCGCCCGCCAAGAAGAAGCCCAGGAACUUGAUUAAGGAGGGCAUGUCGGGCGGCGCGCUGGCGGAAGGCGGCGCCGCAGUGCCGGCGGGCGGCGCCGACAACCCGAUCUCGCGCCUGGCCGUGGCGCGGCACGCAGCGCGCGCCCGCUCGCCGCAGUACCGCGUGCUGGAGGAGCGCGGCGCGGCCCGCCGGCGCGAGUUCCUCGUGCAGUGCGACGCGCCGCCGCACUCCGCCACCGGCCUCGGGCCCAACAAGAAGACGGCCAAGCGACGCGCCGCGCACAACGUACUUUUAGCUAUGGAGAUGGCGAGCGGCGGUGAGCCCGGCGCCGUGACCAGUGCGGACGGCGGUGCUAACGGGGACGUCAAACCUAGCGGGGAGAUUAAACGGAAGGAAAAUGAGGGUAGUGACAUGCGACAACCCGUGCCAGGAGUGCUGAUGGUGGACUAUCACGCGAGAACCGGACAACCGCCACAGACUAACGGUGUGAACGUGAGCGAGUCGAGCGCGACCGGCGGCGGCGGCAGCUCGCCCGGCGCCAAGGAUCAGCUCAUGUACCUCGCGCAGCUGCUCGGCUUCACCGUGCAGUUCUCGGACUUCCCUAAGCGCAACCACGGCGAGUACCUGUCGCUGGUGUCGCUGUCGACGGAGCCGCCGGUGAUGUGCCACGGGGGCGGAGCCUCCACCGCGCUCUCGCACGAGCAGUGCGCGCGCGCCGCACUCCGCGCGCUCGCGCUCAUGGGGCUCGACGCGCCCGCCACGAUGCAGAACCUGCCGGGCUCGGGCGCCAAGGCGAGCGUGAUCAGCAACGGCAUCUCCGAGUGAGCCGCGCCGCGAAUAUUGACAUUGUUUCUGAUUCUGCAAUAUUUAGCUAAGUGUGAAUAUUUCACAGCGCGAAACGCUAACGUUCGGGACGACAACACCACAUUAUGUAUUGACAGCAUUUAACAUUUAACGAUUUCCAGCUAUGACAUAUUCACAAUCAUAUUUAUUUGAUCUCGGGCCUUGCAACAACUAUUAGACUUUUAUUCGAGCGUUUCCUAUUAUGUUAGUGCCUAAUGUAUAUAUUUUUUUGUUAUUAUACGAUCUGUUUUAGUCAAACACGAACAGUUUACUCACAAACUAUGUAUUUAUAUUUCGAAUUUUGAGCGCGAAUAAGUCGAACGAUCUUCGUUUAUUAACAACGUAUGUAACUAAUUAGGUUAUGUUUAUUAUAGUUUAUCUCUAGUGAUAAUCGCACGUCGUGCAGCUAUAUCGAUAAGGUGUGGCAUUUAAAUGAAAUUAUAUAGGAAUUAAUAGACGAAAAAAAUGAAGCUGCGUAGCCAAAGUAUUUCGGGAAACGGACUACGUGACGGCAAAAUAUAAAUUGUUGUAGCGGAGACAUUAGCGAUUAGUGGUUUAUGGAAAUAUCAGAGUGGUCACUUUGUAUUAAAAUGCGUAUAACUAGGAAUCAUAUCAAAAUCAGAGGCAUAUGGAAGUGGCCACUCUGCGGUGUGACGGUGUGACGUCACUUGUCGUCGCGCAGUCCGCCCGGCGAUGUUGCAUCAUGCGGCCAUGGUGACACGUUAGGUUAGACUUUAGCCCAAGCUGGCAGUCGCCACAGUCCGUCCGUGUUUUCCAAUUACAGAGCAUAAUGCGACUCAGUGGCGCACAAUGCCGAAUUUAAUGGGGGAAAAAUUAAAAUUCUGUCACUGAGUUGGCAUCGAUUGCACGCAUCACGCGCAUUACUUUUAAGAGUGUUAGAUUGUGCGAAGCGUUGCUGUCGUUGAAACAUUCAACGUUAAGCAUUAUGCGCUCUAGUGCUGUAAGUGGAAAACUACCCGUGUCGGCGCAAGGAGUGCGGCGACUAGCCGUGUGGCCUCGAUUUUUAACUGCGACCCUACGCUAUGAAAUGUGUAAUUUAUAAUUAGGAUACGAUCCGUAAUAAACACUUAAUUUACGCCCCUAAUCGUCUUAGGUAGGUUCGAGGUUGGCUCGGGAAAUCGCUGGCGCAAGAUGCUGUUUUAUUUGUUGAAAAUGUUACAAAGGUAACAUUAAAUUGUAAUAAAAUAACCGGGACUAAAUGAAUCGCGAUGAAUUUGUUUUGGUUUUAAACACUUAUGCGUGAACUCAUAUUAUCUAAAUAUAAUUUUUAUUUCGAUGAUUCGUUUUUAUAUCAUAUGAUAUUCAGAUCUCGUUAAGCACGCUAUUGAGAAUAUAAUAUAUUUCCGAUUUAUGAGUACAGGCGAUUUCUUGAGCUAUCCUUCGACAUAAGGUAAUGUUGCUUGUUAACUUUGACUAAUCUAUUGUAUGUGUACUAUUUCUGUUUAGAAUAAAUGGACUAUUGCGCGUAAAUAUGUGCUUUAUCAGUACACUUGAUCGGUAAUGUUAUAGUUUUUAUUUAUUUAGAUUUACUGUUGUUAUAAUUAGCCCGAAGGGACCCGAUCAUUUGUAGGAUACCGAUUGUACAUUUCAUUGUAAUGGGUCCGAAUCAUAUUGUAUAAACAUUAAGAUGUUAUACAUAAGUGUUUCACUGUGAAUACGCUCCAUGAAAUCAAAUUUUGUGCAUACGAUUUUAAAUCGAGGCCAUUGGUACAAUUUCUUCAUGUUGAAUGUUGCACAAGUAACAAAGCAUAAAGAAAUUCACAAUCGUUAUAAUUAACUGAGAAAACGCCACAAGGGCAUUGAAAAGUUUUUCUUUAUUUAUUUUGUUCUAAGUAACUAAUAUUUUUUAUUAUAUAUAUGUGUGGAGCAAGUCCCAACUGAACUUCGUGCUGUUAGCAAUUGUGUAAACGUUAAAAAACAAUAAAGCGAAAUAUUAAAAAUA